AAGAAAGCGGGAAAUUUGGAUUUGUUGUGAAAGGCGCGCCAUGCCUCAGAGCAAUGGUUCAUUCGGAACUCAUCGGGUUUCUACAACCACCAUCACCACCUUACCUAUUCGUCCGCUUGUUAUGUUUGUUUGUAAUGGCGAAGUCAACCCGAACUGUCUGGACGAUUUUCAUCCUGAGAGUUAUCUUAGCAAAGGUACCCUGAAAGAUUUCUUCCAACACACCCAGGUCAGUGCUUCAACAUCUCCACAGCUGCAAACUCAGCAGAAACCUGUUGGGUUUUUAGACGACGACGAUGACGUUUGUAUGAACGAGGUGAACCCACCUGUUGACAGAAACACAUGUUCUAACUGGAUCUGGUUGUUUGGUUUUAAAUAUUCCGUUAGAACCGCAUUAGAUUUCCACCCUGAACGUUUGUUUUUAUUGUUUAGACAGUCAAUCAAUCAUGUUGUCAACAACGCCGAGAGAGACACUCUCAGAAUGGGAGAAGUCAAUUCCCACCAAAGUAGAGAACUGUUAAGUCAACGAGAGCAAAUUAAAACUUUUUUGGAUUACAUCAAUUAUUAUUUACAGAAAUAUGUUCCUUCGAGUCUGAGAAAUGACCCGUCGAGUGAUUGUAACAUUCCCGAGGAAACUAAUAACCAUGUUUUUCUUCAACAAUUAUUUCAUAACAUUCAGUUAUCGUUGCAACACAUUGGACCCAUCUCCGAAUUACCAAGGCACUUCCUCCAAAACAGUACCUGUCGCCAUGGAAGCAAAGGUGGUUCAGGAUUUUAUCACACUUUGCAUAUGCAUCUGGAUAUAUAUUGGUCCACCAUGGAACUAGUCUUCCGUAUUGUUGAUUUGUGUCCUGAUCACAAUUUUGAAAUCACAUCAGAAAUGUUACAUUGUGGGUCUCAUUUGGUACCUACGGAUGAAAUCGAACCAGAUGCAUUUCAAAGAAUUGUGAAUUUUAUCUUAUGGGACUUGUCGGCAAUUGCUUGCCAGCGUUUUUCUAAUCUUGCAUUUUCUGACUACACCAAAGUAUCCCCGUUUACGUGUACCUGUGUCAAAGAGAUGUGGACGAUGUUAAUUCAGGUGCUCAAACAUCGGCAAAGAUCUCGAGGUGGACGAGCGUUUUGGUACUCAUUAUACGAGGUUAUAAAUGGACAUAAAUUGAUUUCAAGUGCAACUGGUGAUAAAACUGCAGGAACUAUUCCCAACUUUUACUCUAAAAACGAGCUGAAAAACAUUCCUGGGUUCUGCAUCUGGAUGAUUUUCCAUUUGGCACCACUCUAUAAACUCAACAAUUUUGGUAAACUUGAUACUGGACAGAGAUAUGUUGAAAGCAAUUAUGAGGAAAUUGUCAGCCAAAUGAAAGGUUUACUCGCUGGUCAAGUUUCUGAGGAAGAGCUCCAAUGUUAUAUGUUAUGCUCCGUACAAAUCUGUCGAUUGUGGAAAGCAGAUUUGACAUUUCUAAAUGUUCUUUGGAAUUACUUUUUUCGUAAACUAAACAACACCUUUAAGGUUAAUACAUCUGGAUUAUCUGGCAUGGUCAUCAAAGUUAAAACUGCUCGUGAAUUAUUUGAAGAAUGCUUGGAGCUAAAUAAUAAAGACUUUGAUUUAGCUACUCUUUCUAAAGGAAAUAGUUUCCACCUAUUUCUUUACCUAACAUGUCAACAACUCAAAGCAUUUGUUAAUGAUGGGAACAAUUCAGCCUGGCGGAAUUUUAAAGGACGACUCUUAUCAAAGUUCCAUCAACGAGGAAUGCAAGAACUGACAGAACCUGGUCUUACACAUUUCACCAAGCUGUUUCUCAGCUUAACAUUAUGCACACACGAUGAGCAGCUACUGCGAUCUCUGUUCGAUUUUUACAACAUGAUUGACUUUCGAUUAGCUGAUACCAAGCGCCAAUGUGUUAUAAUAAAGGGAAUUUAUGCAGGAAUGUCCAUUUUCAUGCACUGGAAUCAUGACUGUAGUGCUGCAAUUGACAGAAUAAUACCAUUGCUGAAUUACAUAAGUAGUAAAUUUGCAUCAGAUUCCAUCGAUGUGCACAAGCGAAGAGAUCUGUGGGAUGUCCUUAAAGUUUAUAUAGAUUGUUUACAAGACUUAAUUGAUUCUAGUCCUGAAUUCACUUUAUCUGAAUAUAAACUCAUUUCAAAAGACAUCAAUCUCAUUUUAACAGUUUGCCAUAAUUUUGAAAUAUGUAGCAUGGUUGUUUUGUUUAGUGCAGUUCUGUCAAAGCUGCUUUCCUUGGUCAAAACCCAACAAGAAACUGAAGGAGAUAUAUUCAUACCAAACGACCACCAUGAACAGAUGGCACAAAGUAUGUGGGUAACUGCUUUCCCAUUUGUUGAGAGUGAAGCCAAAUCUCCGAAAGCACUGCCCGAAAUUGCUGACCUUGCAGCUCAGUUCCUCUGCCUUUCACUUACACUCCCUGACUGGAGUCCCAGUUUUUCCUCAGUCUUCUCCAAAUUUGUUUGUGAUAUAUCUAUCAAUGUGUCGGUUACUUGCCGUUUCCUUGGACAUGUUUUGGCAGAACCAUCUGUCACUGAAAAUCUAGAAACUAGUGAAGAUCAGUUUCUUAAAGGCUCACUCCAGAUUAAACUAAUCCAUAGCUGGCUUAGAUGUUGUUUAUUGUUAGGACCUGUUCCCUCAAGACAACUUGAAGUUGUGACCAAAUAUGUGUUAGAUUUGCCUAUCAUUAAAAGAAUCUGUUCUGUAGUAAAUAAGACAGAUCUUACAAGUGAAUGUGAAGUUUUGAUAGAACUUUUCAAAAUGUUUGCAAAGGCUCAUGAAAUUACUGUCAGCUGGGAAGACAAAAUGAAAUUGAAAGAGGAUAUUAAGCUAUUUUUUGAAGAUAUCAGUAUUAGUAUACAACCACUUCUUGAUAAUCCCUCGAAUAUGUCGGUUGUAAAGCAUAUAUAUUCUACAAUAGGGAACCUUGUAAAGUUCUGUGCCCCUUUGUUGUUUAAUGUUCCUUCUUUGCAGCAGGUCAUUGAUUGCUUGCUCUUCCCCCAUUCUUUAUUUAACCCUUCCAAGCCUCUCAACCCAAUCAUAAAGUCAGUUGUACAUGACACGCUUCAUUUAUUUGUUUCGGGUUUGAGUAAAAUCAGCAGCCGAUAUGCCCCAUAUGUCCAACGAAGACUUAAAGACAUAGUUCUGCAAUAUUUGCCAAGGUUUCCAUUGAAACGUAGUGGUGGAGAACAAACUAAUUUCACAUUUCAACUAAAACCUCAUCCUUUGGUACAUUUACUUACAGAUAGACUGGUUACAAAUAGCAUUUGUAACAUGAGAAACUUUCGAAAUUUUAUUUGGGCAACUUUACAGGAAAAUGUCCUGAAAGCCGAGGGCUUAAAACUUCCUGAAUCUACAACUAUUGGUGUUCAGUUUAUUGGAGAAGUUAUUGAUAUGACAGAAUCGACGGAAGAUGUCGCUAAAGACACACUGUUACUGCUUCGACCACUUCUGGAAUGCUAUUUACUCACAAAAACUCCUCAACUUAGACAAAGUACAACACAGGUGUUAAACCUUCUCCUGAAAGCGUGUUACCAGUAUUCAACAGAAGUACCUUGUAAAGAAUUAUUAGAAAUACUUAAUCAGUUUUUGACUGACUAUUUUGCCAAUUUUCCUGCUAGUCUCAGUCAACUCUGGAAUAAGUUGUUCUUAUUUUAUCCGGACCUUUUACAAGAAAAUAGACCAGUUUUGUUAUUACUUCUGGAAAAACUUGAACUGAAGCGAGGUACAGGCACUGAUAAUCACCUUCGUCAACAUUGGUUAACGUACUUAAAUAAAACAGACAAGACACAAGAAACGGUGUCUUUAUAAAAACACCUUCUAUAUUUGUAGUUUUAUAAAAAAUAUAUAUAUUCAAAUUGUGCUGGUAACAUUUUGAUUUUGUGGAAAAUUUUCUUUAAAUUUGGGUAGUGUAUUGCAGACACUAUUGUCCUUCCUUUUUUAAGACAGAGACAAAAUGUUGCUGCUAUUUUUGGCAGAUCAAGCAACCAUGUAGAGGUUUCCUCCCAAUCAUGCUGGUGUACAUAUGAAGCUGACAACUGAAGCUAGAGAUAAUUUAAUGAUUGAAUGUUAAUGUUAUGACAGUGAUAAGAGAUAACUUUGCAAGAAAUGCUCAAGUAGUAACUUGAAGAGACACUUUAAUAUAUGUGUGUAUGUAUGUGUGUGUGUUUCUGAAUGCUU